UUGCUUUACAGCCCACAGAAAUACGCCCAGAAAUACAUAUAUAUAUAUAUAUAUUGAUUUAUUUAUUUAUAUACAUAAACAGAGAGAACUUCUCAUACCAAUACAAGGAGACACAGACAGUCCAUCUUUCUCUCCAUUCUUUCACCCAAUUGAACUGCAUUUCCCUGUUCUUGAAUUUCUCGACUAUGCCCCACUGGGGCGGGGCGCAGUUUGAAAUCUUGGCUGGGGGUUCCCACGCUGAGACAGCAGAGGAAUAAAGGGUCGGGUCCAAUUUUCGCUUUGAUUGGUUUUUUUGUUUAAUUUAUUCAUCUGAUUCUUUAGUUGGGUUUGUUUGGUGCGUUAAAUUUCGUGAGUUGGAGUGGGGGAGUGAAGGAGGAGGAGGAGGAGGAGGAGGAGGAGAGUGUAAUAAACCCCGAAAGUUGUUGUCGGCGGGAUGUCACUUUCUGUCGGCAUUGUCUGUAUCCAACGAUGAUUCUCUGAUUUAUUUAAUCGGCAAAAGAAGAAGUACACUAAGCCUUCUCCCUUUUUUGAUGAUGGGGUUUCAUCAGCCGAGCAUCUGAACAUCCUCGGUGGAUUUCAUUCUUGUUUCCCCCUCUGCAAAAAACUUCCAAGAACUGGAGUGGUGAUCGGUGGUGUGUCGGGUUGGUUGGUUCUUGUUUGGUUUGAUUUGAUUCGGCUAUCCUCGUUCAUCAACAUUUGUUUGCUUGGAGAUUUAUGGCAUUGAAGUUCAAUGUGGGGAUGAGGGUAGGUUGCGAUUUGGCUGGCCAAUGCAGCUGAUGUUCAUUCAGGUCGUGGUUGGCAAAUGAGGCUGAAUUCCUCUGAUACCCGGCUGCGAUUCUCGGGACAAAUCUCAGGGUCGAUGAGCUUCUUUUACACAACAGAGAGUAGUAAAAAUAAAAAGUCGCGGGUGUAGCUUUAAAAGUUGGAUCCCGUGCCAAAUGUCAAGGACUCUUGCAGCAAUAGCAGGAGGUGCUGCAGGAGCCGUGGCUUUGGUGGGGAUAAUUGCGUUUCUUAUAUGGCUCUGCCUCUCUCAUAAUAGGAGCGCUUCAAGAACUUCCGAGACUGGUUCUUCUGAUCCUUCCAUUCAAAUUGAAAGACAUGUCGGGAUCGAGAUAUUGCGAGAAGCAAGGCGCUUUGACAUGGAAGAAUUGUCUAUGGCCACAAAGAAUUUCAAUGAGAAGAAUCUGAUAGGGGUUGGGAAAUUCGGUGAGGUGUAUAAGGGAUUAUUACUUCAUGAUGGAAUGCUUGUGGCCAUCAAAAAGCGUUCUGGAGCUCCAACUCAGGAAUUUGUUGAUGAGGUACGAUUCCUGUCUUCUAUUCACCACCGGAAUCUCGUGAGUCUUUUAGGCUACUGCCAGGACAACAAUCUACAAUUUCUCAUAUACGAGUACGUACCUAAUGGGAGUGUAUCUAGUCACCUGUAUGGACCUAGUCAAGGUUCGGGUGAGAAGCUAGAAUUCAAGCAUAGGCUUUCGAUAGCUCUUGGGGCAGCUAAAGGUUUGGCCCAUCUUCACUCUUUGAGCCCUCGUUUGGUGCAUAAGGAUUUUAAGACAGACAAUGUUCUCGUGGAUGAGAAUUUUAUACCAAAGGUUGCGGACGCAGGGAUCCGCAACAUUCUUGGGAGGUCUGAUGUUGCUGGCCCCUCUUCUCAGGUGACAACAGAUGAAAUAUUCCUUGCCCCCGAGGUAAGAGAGUUUAGAAGAUUCUCUGAGAAGAGCGAUAUUUACAGCUUUGGUGUAUUCCUUCUGGAAUUAGUAAGCGGGAGAGAAGCUGCAGUUUCUCCUUCUCCAGAGUCUAAUCAGAACUUGGUUGAAUGGCUGCAAAGCAAUCAAGACUACACCAAACUCUCUGACGUGAUAAUCGACCCGAGGCUGCUGGGGAGCAGAUUCACGGUCGAAGGCAUGGAGGAGUUUGUGCGGUUGAUCAUGCGCUGCAUCGAACCCUCGAGUGAGAGGAGACCCGCGAUGAGCUAUGCAGUAAUGGAACUCGACCGGAUACUCGAGAAAGAGAUGAGCUUGACUACAGUCAUGGGGGAAGGAAUGCCCAGUGUGACGCUGGGAAGCCAGUUAUUCAGAAGAACAAAAUAAUGAACAGAAAAGAAAGAAAAUAUAUAUUGGUUGUUGUUGGUGUGAGUAAAAUUCCCCAUCUUGUUUAUUAUUAUCAUUUCUACAGAAUAUUUUCUGCAAAAACAUCAUCAAAGGAGAGAAAAGAAGACAACAAUUUCAUUUUCAGCUGUUUGACAAAUUGUAUAAAAGAACAGCUGCCCUAUUUCUUCAUUUUUUCUCCAUCUUCAUGUUAAUAUGUUGGGGGAAAAAAGGAAAAACAGCCUUCUUGUAUUCAUCUCUUACUGUGAAUAAUAUAUGAAAGAAACUUCAUUUCUCAGUU